AUGGCCUCCCGUUCCCGCUCGACCACGACCGACCCCACCGAGCCCGGCACCGGCGCCGCCACGCCCUCGGGCACGCCGCUCCGCCGUCCUCCUCCCUUGCCGGCUGUCAAGGGCACGAUUGGGGGUAUCGAGAGCCAGAGUCCCCGGCUGGCGUUUUCGCCCGCAGGAAGUGCAAGUGUGCCCCAGAUCCGCGCCUCGGAACCGCUCUCGCCCGCGCCAUCCACGGCCAGGGACGCCUCCCCGCUCGCGUCGGCCACCACGGUCCGCGGCCACUCGUCCACCCCGAGCACAGCGACUGCCCCAGCGACAGCCAUGACGUUUGAGCCCGUGCAGACCGCGCCCGUGCUCGUGUUCAAGGCCGACCCGCGCAUGCGGACGUGUUUUGACGGGUUGCCCGAAGGUGGCGACGAGGUCAAGGCAGUGUUUGGCAUCUAG